CCUAAUUUUCCAAGACUCAGCACUUUGACAAGAAUAUUGUUCUCCAAUUUCUACUUAGGUUUAUAGUUAAGGAAAAAGAAUGGGGGCGAACGCCUCCACUCCUCGGAUCGCUGAAAUGCAGUCCAAGAGCCAGUGGAGAGCCCAGCUCGAGGCCUCCAAGCAAAGUAACAAGCUGUUGGUUAUCGAUUGCACGGCCACGUGGUGUGGACCUUGCAAACGGAUGGAACCAGCGAUUGAAGAGUUUGCCAUCAUAUAUACAGAUGUUCAGUUCAUCAAUAUUGAUGUGGAUAUGCUGGCGGAUGUGGCUAGGGAAUUACAGGUUGAUUCAAUGCCAACCUUCGUUCUUGUUAAGAAAGGGAAAGAAGUAGGCAGGGUGGUUGGGGCCAGAAAGGAUGAAUUGCAGAGGAUGAUUGAGAAACACAUGAUAUGAUGUAAGAAUUCAGCAUGGUGAAUGCACUAUUAGCAAGGCCCUGCAGUUAUUUUCCGUUACCUUUAAGAGGAUUAAGAGAGAAAUAAAAAAUAGCAACACGUAACCGAUGGUGAUACUCGCCAUUAAGCCACGGCUGAAUAAGGUUGCUGCAACGCUAAUACUACCAGUGGACAAUGAUUCACAAUUUUUUCCCCUUUCGUUUUUUUUUUUUUUUUUUGUGUCAAGAGUGCUUAUAUAAAGUCAUAACCUUUCUUCCUAA